AUGACUCUGGUAGAGAUUGCGAGAGCCGGUGUCCAAGACUUCUUGGACCAGAUGCGGUUCCUGAACUUCAAAAGGCGUUGGGAUGGCGAACUUCGUCGUCGUGUGGCCGAGAUCACCGAUGCUUGGGACUUCAAGGAACCUGCGCGCCCUCACAUCAAUACUGCGCUUGUGAUCACAGAGUCUGCUUAUGACCAUCUCACCGACCUAAAUGCAAAGGUCGCUAUCACCAUCUUCACUGCGCUCGCCACUUCCCUCGACGACCCGAAUGUACUUGAUGGCCUUGCAUUCGACCAAUUCCAUCGCCAGCACUCAAAUUGCUCGGUCUACGGAGACAACAGUCCCCUUGGCUUGUUCGCUGAAGUCACUCGCCGAAUGGGUGAAUGCUACCCGAACUUCGCAGCUGGCACAAUCUUAGUGUCGGCCUUGCAAUUCGUGAACGUCUCCGUCUUGGAGAACGUCACAAAGGGGAUAACAUUGCAUCCGAAAGCCUUGCCCUUUGUGGAGUACAGGCGAAUGCUAAGCGGCGUUCCGGAGGCGUAUGGCUGUUUUAUCUGGGAGAAGGCCCGUUUCCCCACUGUAGACUGCUAUAUACAGGCUAUUCCCGAUGCCUGCUUAGUGAUCGACUACUUGAACGAUAUCCUCUCUUUCUACAAGGAGGAGCUCGCCAACGAGCUAGUCAACUACAUCCACGAUCGUGCGCUUGUGACUGGGGCAUCCGCCUCAAGUACACUCCGUAAUGUCAUAUGCGAGACGGUCGCUGCAUCGGAGCGGGUGCGUGCCAUCUUAGGGGAAGGGGAUGCGAGAGAUGCGUGGGAUGCCUUCGUGAAGGGCUACAUCAAAUUCCAUGUUGACGACCCUAGAUAUCGGCUGCGCGAGGUUCUUGGCGACGAGUUCUUUGUAGAAGAGUGA